UCUGAACCUUGUCUUGAUGUCUAGUCUCUCUGUUGGGGUGCACACGGAUUGACCACUCCUUUUCUUUUCACGUUGGAUAAUUGGGGGGGAAAGCAUAAUCCACAAACAUGACUGACGCACAACAAGAGGCCCGCUCCUACCUGAGCGAGGAAAUGCUGGCUGAGUUCAAAGCCGCCUUUGACCUGUUCGACACCGACGGUGGCGGUGAUAUCAGCACCAAGGAGUUGGGUACCGUGAUGAGGAUGCUGGGCCAGAACCCGACAAGAGAAGAGUUGGAUGAAAUCAUCGAGGAGGUCGAUGAGGAUGGCAGCGGUAGCAUCGACUUCGAGGAGUUCUUGGUCAUGAUGGUGAGGCUGCUCAAGGAGGACGAGGCCGGCAAGAGCGAGGAAGAGUUGGCAGAAUGUUUCCGUGUGUUCGACAAGAACGGUGAUGGAUACAUCGACAGAGAUGAGUUCGCACUGAUCAUCCGCAGCAGCGGGGAAACCAUCACAGACGAUGAAAUUGAUGAGCUGUUGAAGGACGGAGACAAGAACUCCGAUGGCAUGCUGGACUUUGACGAAUUCCUCAAGAUGAUGGAGAAUGUGCAGUAAAACAAAUAGGACUCAAUGGACAUUCCUCCAACCUCCUGUGAAAAAUCCCUUUCUGAAUAAAUCUGCACCACGCUCUAACCUUACCUCUAUUUCAGUGACUCACAAAAAAAAAAAAAAAAA